AUUCUGAGGUCUUUUAGAGCCGGUUGUGUCGGGUUGAAUCGAUUGUGCAAGAUCUUGUGAUUGAAUUGCAAUAAUAUCUGCUUGAAGAGGCUUUUAGUGGACUUGGGAAGGAAAACGGGGUUUGUUUCGGAAGUGAGGAAUGUCAUACUUGGUAAUUAGAAACUAGUUUGUUGCUAGCCGACGAUUGAAGCUUUCCACCUGUGAAACUAAGCCUAACUGCUGCUAACCCAUGUUAAUAAGUCAUCGGACUCUACUAUAAUCCUGUUGCUUGGGUGGAAUAUUUUCUGAGAAAGUUUAGCGAUGGAGGAAGUUGAUAAGAUUCUUAUUCACGCUCUCAGACAAGUCGGAACGGAGGUGGGUGAAGACAUCGACAGAGUGAACCAGUUCACCAGUGAGCUGAUCGUGGAGGCGGUGGGCAAAUGUAUCCGGGUGAUUGAUCCGGGCCUGGGCGGCGCACUGCCUACGUCCCUUCCUCCAGGCAUGUCUGCCCGAUUCAGGGUGGGCAUGAGUCUGGCUCAGGCCUGCCAGGACAUUGGCUAUAAAGGAGAGAUUGGUUACCAGACUUUUCUAUACAGUAACGAGCCAGAGAUUCGCUCGCUGCUUAUGUUCCUGGUGGAGAAGUUGCCCCGAGAGAGCUCUGAGACCUCAGAUCAGCCAACAGGCAAAUCAGCUGUCCUCCAUAGAGCCAUCGCUGCUGCAAUCACUGCCCAGCUGGCGGUUUCCUGGGUGCCUCUGAACUGCAGAUUGCCGUUACACUGUAAAACACAGAGUAAGGCAGCAUCACACAGCUUUCAUGUCUAUCCACUCAGCUUACCACACUGCACUAAGGGCCAGAAGUCUCUGAAAGAGGUGAAGCACUACCAAAGAGACAUCCUUUAUCCUGUUACCGCCCAGUUUCCAAGUCGGACCUCAAUGGUGUCGUCUAUCUUGGAGCAACACACAGCGGAGUUGAGCAAUGCUCACGAGUGGGAUACCGAGUGGAAGAGUCAGGGACUGCUGUCCCGCCUCACACCGCAGGACUACCACUCUAGGAAGCUGACACGGCUGCGCAAAUGCAUCGAAGAGCAGCUGCGUUCUGCUGCCGCACCGUCUCCUGAAAGUGUCUUCAGUGUUUCUCGCUCUACGUCUGAGCUGUCAGGCUUCCUGCAGACCUUCACAGGCAGUGCCCCUUCUGACCUUAUCCUUACCAAGGGCACCCAUUUCACACACACUCAGAAGUUUACCUUCACACAGGAAGUGGCAGCUUUAACGAGCCCAGUCCACACUGGGCGUCAGUUGAAGGAUGACACUCAGCCCCGCCAGCAGGAGGAGUUAGCUUUCCUCCAGCAGCAGUUUCAGCAGCUCUGCAGUGAUGUCGAGCAGAUAGCAGCAGACAUGAAGCACAUAAGUGUCACUAAUGCUCAGGUGUUUGAUGAACUGAAGCAGAUGGAGCUGGACAAUGCUGAAAAUGAUGAGAAGAUGCAAGUAAAGAAGAAAACUAUCGACCUGUUGCCAGAUGCAGACAGCAACUUGCAGAAGCUUCAGUCUCAGGUGGAGGCCAGUGCCAACCGGGUGGUAAAUCUAGCUUCUCAGUGGGAAAAACAUCGUGCUCCACUCAUUGAAGAACAUCGCACGCUGAAAGAAUUCUGCAGCAGCAAGGACCUUGAGUCUUCCAGAAAGCUUUCAGAGAUCAAGUCUCUCCAUGAAAAAAUUCAGGUGGCCACAGAGGAGGCAAAGAAGAAAGAAGAAUUAUACAAACAGCUGGUGACUGAAUUAGUAAGUCUUCCUCAGGAUGUGUCUCGAUCAGCAUACACUCAGAGGAUUCUAGAGAUUGUUGGCAAUAUCAAAAAACAGAAGGAGGAAAUUAGUAAGAUUUUAUCAGACACAAAGGAGCUCCAGAAGGAGAUCAACAGCCUUACCGGGAAACUUGACCGGUCGUUUGCUGUAACAGAUGAGCUGGUCUUUAAGGAUGCCAAGAAAGAUGAGUCUGUCCGCAAAUCCUACAAGUACCUUGCUGCCUUGCAUGAGAACUGUAAUCUGCUGAUCCAAACCAUCGAGGACACUGGCACAAUUCUGAGAGAGAUUCGAGAUCUGGAGGAACAGAUUGAGACAGAAAACUGUAACAAAACAGUGGCUAACCUGGAGAGGAUUCUGGAUGACUACAAAGUGAUACGACAGGAGAAUUCUACACUAGCUGCCAAAGUCCGAGAGGGCUAAAAUGAGGCUUUACUCCACUGAAUGAAAAAUCUGGAGAUUUAAAGUAGUCUGAGCAAGACAAGAGCAGCUCUUCAUGUGUUACACUACAGGGACUGUGGUUCACUAACAUGGAGACAAGCUGGGUUUUGUACCAUAGAAAAAAACUUACUUUAAUGAUGAAUCAAUCAUGGAUGAGUAGAGAGAUGGGGUUUUGUCUUUUUCAUUUUUUUAAAAAUCUACAGAGGAGCUCUGAUGGUCCAUCCACUGGCUUGAUUGUUUUGUGAAAUGGAGCACUGGACAGCAUAUUGUCCUGUCAUGAUAUGUUUGCAGAGGAUUUUGUUUCGUGUACAUGAGCUGAUGUUUCAUUUAACGACAUUGUGUUCUUUCUUGAUCAUUUUUAACAAACUAUUGAAUGGCAUUUGAAUGUGGUCUUAUGGAAAUGUGUCCUAGAUCUAUCAGCAAAGUAUUGUAUACACAGUACCAGCUUAAAUAAAGAUGCCUUACAGAUUACAUUUUUUUAACUGUCAUGACAACCGAACAGCUUACAGAUUGACAGUUGUUUUUAUAGGCCUGGUCAUUUAUUAAAUUGUUAUUUUAAGAUGCUAAA